AAUAUAGAGAAAAUAAAUCUUUGUGUAUCUCGUUAAAAAGAAAAAAACAGCCAAAAUAUAAAAACAUAAAACAAAACAAUACUUAAAAACAAAAACAAUAUUUUUAAUAUUUAAAAAUAUAUUUUUAAAAAUGUCUUCGUCGCGAAAUUCAAUAAAAAGAUCUCCCUCUGCAUCAACAACGACAUCACCCUCUACGGGUUCUACCGAAACAAAUUCAUCGUCUUCCUCAUCGCCAACUAUGUCCGGAAAUAAACAAAAGUGUAAAUACACAAAUACCAAGGAUCGUGUGGUUUCUGAGGUUCCACUACCCCCCGCCCAUAAACUGACCAUGGAUGAGGUUUACGAUCCAAAAACCAAAAAACCAAAUUAUGAUGCAUUAAGGCAACAUUUUCUUAAAGAAGGUCGUAUUGAAGAGGAACCUGCUCUUCGUAUUAUCAAUGAGGGUGCUGCUCUGCUGCGUAAUGAAAAGAAUAUGAUUGAUGUUGAGGCUCCCAUAACUGUGUGCGGUGAUAUACAUGGACAAUUUUUCGAUUUAGUUAAAUUAUUUGAAGUUGGUGGUCCACCAGAGUCGACAAAUUAUUUGUUCUUAGGCGAUUAUGUUGAUCGUGGUUACUUUAGUAUUGAGUGUGUUUUAUAUCUGUGGUCUUUAAAAAUCUGCUUUCCUGAUACCCUACAUUUACUGCGUGGUAAUCAUGAAUGUCGACACUUAACGGAAUAUUUUACAUUUAAACAAGAGUGUCAAAUUAAAUAUUCAGAACGAGUCUAUGAUGCCUGUAUGGAGGCAUUUGAUUGUCUACCAUUGGCAGCGCUAUUAAAUCAGCAAUUUCUCUGUAUACACGGUGGUUUAUCACCGGAAAUUUUCACACUCGAUGAUAUCAGAAAGCUUCAUAGAUUCCGCGAACCGCCUGCUUUUGGUCCGAUGUGCGAUUUAUUGUGGUCAGAUCCUUUAGAAGAUUUUGGCAGUGAAAAGAAUAAUGAUUAUUUCUCACACAAUUCAGUACGUGGUUGUUCGUAUUUUUUCAGUUAUUCAGCCUGCUGUGAAUUUCUACAAAAGAAUAAUCUUUUAUCUAUUGUAAGAGCUCAUGAGGCUCAAGAUGCGGGGUAUCGCAUGUAUCGUAAAAAUCAGGUCACUGGAUUUCCUUCUUUAAUUACAAUAUUUUCAGCUCCCAAUUAUUUGGAUGUUUAUAAUAAUAAGGCAGCUGUACUUAAGUAUGAAAAUAAUGUUAUGAAUAUACGACAAUUUAAUUGUUCACCCCAUCCGUAUUGGUUGCCAAAUUUUAUGGAUGUAUUUACGUGGUCAUUACCGUUUGUUGGUGAGAAGGUCACCGAUAUGCUUGUUAAUGUUCUCAAUAUCUGUUCAGACGAAGAACUAUUAGGUGGUCCUGACGAUGAACUAGAAGAAGAACUCCGUAAGAAAAUUGUUCUAGUGCCCAUGAAUUCGAAUGAUAAUAAUGCUCAGGCUAGAAAAGCUUCUUCAGUAUCAGCUUUACGCAAAGAAGUUAUUAAGAACAAAAUUAGAGCUAUUGGUAAAAUGUCUCGUGUAUUCUCAGUAUUAAGAGAAGAAUCAGAAUCUGUUUUACAAUUAAAAGGUCUUACACCAACCGGUUCAUUACCAGUGGGUGCAUUAUCGGGUGGUAAAGAUUCCCUUAUAAGUGCUUUACAAGGUCUUGGCGCCACACCACAAAUUACUUCAUUUGCUGAAGCUAAAGGUCUUGAUGCCGUCAAUGAACGUAUGCCUCCCCGACGUCCUCUGUUAGUGGGCAGUAAUAAUAAUAACAAUAACUCUGUAACACCUAAUAAUAAUAAUACUACUACUGCUAACGAUAGCAAUAGUUUGGCUUCGUCAAAGAAAAAUGGUAACACCCCGAUUGCAGCGCCCAGACGUUCUAGCACUAGCAAAUAUUCAUAGUUUUAGUUUUGUUUUUUAUCUUUUUUUAUUUUUUUAUGUUCAUCUUUUUUGUUUAUUUUAAAUUAAUUAUUUAGUUAAACAACCAAUGACUUUUUUAGAAAUUUUAAUAAUUUUAUUCUAAUUAAUUAGCGCUCAUGAACCAAUUGUUAAAUAAAGCAAAUAAAUUAAAACCAUGAAUAAAAAUAUUUACAUUUUCAUGAUAUUAUUGAGAAA